AUGGCGUCGACCAAACGAGUGCUUUAUGUUGGUGAGUUGGCUACGCUUUGCAAAAGCUUUUAUACGUAGUUACUGUGUAGUUGAAAUAAACAUGUGUUAGUAGUCGCGUGUCAAUUAAGCUACACAUUAUUUACGUUUAAAGUGGACCAGUCUGUGAAUACGCUGGCUAGAUAAAAUUAGCUAGUUGUAGGCAGCAAGUGUGUGUGUAACGUUAGCAAGUUAGCUAACGUUUAUCAAUUUAUUGGUUGUUGUAAAGCCCCAUUCAUGUUAUUAUAUGAACACCUUUAGUUUUAAAAGCUUGAAAGACAGUUUCUUAUUGAAUCAGCUCAUAGUAAACUAACUUGAUUGUUUGUACCUGCUGUGUUGACAGGUGGUCUAACAGAGGAGGUGGACGAAAAAGUGCUGCACGCAGCAUUCAUUCCGUUCGGGGAUGUCACAGACAUUCAGAUUCCAAUAGACUAUGAAACAGGUCAGAAUAAAUACCUUUACCAUUCAGAGUUUGACAUAAACGAUAAGUUGAAUCAGUUAAAAUAAACUAAUCUAUCCUUCCUGGCUACUUAGCCAGAGCAAACUGCUACUGUCUGGAGAUGAAACCCUGAAGUUUAGAGCAGACGUUAAUGUCUCAUGUUAUUGUUUACUUUGCAGAGAAGCACAGAGGAUUCGCCUUCAUUGAAUUUGAAUUGGCAGAGGUAUGUUUAAUCAAAACCUAAAUGCAAGUAUACAAUAUUAUGUUGGAGAUGCUAGCUAGUUACCAAUGUGAGGGUAUUCCACCGGCUCAGGUUCAGCAUGGAUUGCGGUAUGCUUUAACAAUGAAUAAUGUUUACACUAUGGAGUAUGGUACCACCCAUGCAUGCACUCACACAUCAUCCCCUUCAGCAUCCCCACACACUUACAUAGCAUCCCCACCAGCACACACUCACCAGACACAGCCAAACACAGACACACACACUUCUCACCAAGUCUGCACUGUAACAAAGAAGGAUACACUAGUCAAAUAACACAGCUUACUUCUAAGGUAGGCCUACACCAGAGUUGGGUUACAAUAUAAUGUUAUGUUUGGUGUUGAUGAGUUUCUCUAGUGAUGGGAGGAUGAACUGCACCGUUAUCGGCAAAUAAUUAGCCUGAGACAGUGAGCUGCCUGCUAGCCACCUGCACAGCAAGAUAUAUGGGACACAUUUUCAAUUCUCUGAUAUUUAGCUAUGUUUUUAUCGAUUGUAGGGCUGUAGCCACUGAAUUCUGGUAGUUUACACAUGAAAUAAUAUAACCAUCAAUCACAAAAUUUGCCGUUGGCACAAUACAGCCACUGCCUCUCGCCCAGAGCGUUACCUCAGCAAGCGACAUCAAGCCAACAAACACCCUCAAACAGCUAGCUAGCAUUCCGUCAUGAAAACAGGUGGCACCAUGUGAGUUUGGACCAAUCCAUGACAACCCAUACACCAACAUUUAGCUACAAAGCACUACUUUGUAACAUGCUAUGUUUUUUUAGUGUCUCUGAAAACAUCUGAAUGACAGAAGCGAAGGAAAAAUAGUUACUUUAUUUUUCAGUCCAAGGACGUCUGAUGACCGUAAAACACCCUCAGGACUUUCCCAUACUUGUUGGCAAUACAAUGUCACAUAGAUCUAACUCUGGUAGAGUGAGGAAUACCCAUCGCAAAAAGCAAAUAUGAACACAUCGAUUUCGCGGGUUUCAUAAAAAAUAGGCUGUCCCAUAGAAUUGAACGUUCUAAGCACGGCACUUACUUUACAUUUAGGGUCAUAUCACGUAAAUAUCAUGACGUACAGUAUUGUGAUUUUUAGACAUGGUAAACAACUUCCACAUUCAUGUUUUCAGAUUAUUUAUUAUGUAUUAAGGAUAACCACAUUAUUGACAUUUAGUGAAAAUCGAUUUGAUCACUGCUGUGUUUUGUAGAAUUCUAGAAUUGCGUCCAUUGUUUGUCGAGUCACCUAACACCCUAAUCUAGGGGUUAUGGUGGGUGGUCAUUGGUCACCAUGGUGAUUGUGUUGUACUGGUUUGCUGUGAUUGUCUUUCAUCCCACUCUUCAUCUUCCACAGGAUGCUGCUGCUGCUAUUGAUAACAUGGUGAGUGUUUGCUUCCCACUAAAGUCAGUUUGGUUUAACUAACAGUCCUUUGCAUUAUCCCCUGUUUUGGUAGUCUGUACUCUGAGACAGUGACUCACAUGUUUCAAAGCUGUGGUAUUGGACAACUCUCAUUGAUGCAUGUUUUCCCUCUGUUUUAUUGACAGAACGAGUCAGAGUUGUUUGGAAGAACCAUCCGGGUCAACAUCGCCAAACCUAUGAGGAUCAAAGAGGGCUCUUCUCGUCCAGGUGAAUGAUAUGCAUUAGUCACUCUAUAAAGACUUUAAACUGUCCCAUGGCUUUUAGAUGUGGUAAAACCGCUAACUGUAUGCCAUUUCCGCACAGUUUGGUCGGAUGAUGAUUGGCUGAAGAAGUUCUCAGGAACGACUGCUGAAGAGGCUGAGGUUACGGAGUCCACUGGAGAAUCAGCCAAAUCAACAACAGCAGAUGUAAGUUGACUGUGUGUGUGUAUGUGUUCCUGCCUGUCUCUAUGAGUGUAGUACACUGUAGUAUAUUGCAUAGUAUCAUAUUAUAUUGUAAAAGCCUGACACAAUAAUAUAUUAUCAUUGAUUGCAGGGCGAGCCCCCAGCCAAGAAGGGCAGAACGAACCCCCAGGUUUACAUGGACAUCAAGAUUGGCAACAAGCCAGCAGGGAGACUGCGCUUCCUGCUCCGAGCAGACAUUGUUCCUAUGACAGCAGGUAUCCAUGCUCCUCCUUGUUAUAAAGUACCAGGGACGUUUCUGAAAAUAGAACACUUAGUCAUUAAACUUUUAGGGAUUCUUUAGGGAUAUUCAAAUAAAAUUGUAUUUGUCACAUGCUCCGAAUACAACUGGUGUAGACUUUACAGUGGAAUGCUUGCUUACGAGCCCUUCCCAAUGAUGCAGAGUUUAAAAAUUGAUUAUAUUUAGAUUUUGUCACACAAUACCCCAUAAUGUCAAAGUAGAAUUAGGUUUUUUAUUUGUACAAAUUAUUUAAAAAAUGAAAAGCUGAAAUGUCUUGAGUCAAUAAGAAUUCAACCCCUUUUGUUGAGUCAAAAUUAAGUUCAGGAGUGAGAAUGUGCUUAACAAGUCACAUAAUAAGUUGCAUGGACUCAUUCUGUAUGCAAAAAUAGUGUUUAACAUGAUUUUUGAAUGACCACCUCAUCUCUGUACCCCACACAUACAAUUAUCUGUAAGGUCCCUCAGUAGAGCAGUGAAUUUCAAACACAGAUUCAACCACAAAGACUAGGGAGGUUUUCCAAUGCCUCGCGAAGAAGGGCACCUAUUGGUAGAUGGGUAAAAAAAAAAAAAGGAAUAUCCCUUUGAGCAUGGUGAAAGUUAUUAAUUACACAUUGGAUGGUGUAUCAAUACACCCAGUCACUACAAAGAUACAGGCGUCCUUCCUAACUCAGUUGCCGGAGAGCAAGGAAACCGCUCAGGGAUUUCACCAUGAGGCCAAUGGUGACUUUAAAACAGAGUUUAAUGGCUCUGAUAGGAGAAAACUGAGGAUGGAUCAACAACAUUGUAGUUACUCCACAAUACUAACCUAAUUGACAGAGGGAAAAGGAAGCCUGUACUUAAUAAAAAUAUUCCAAAACAUGCAUCCCAUUCACAACAAGGCACUAAAGUAAUGCUGCCAAAAAAUGUGGCAAAGCAAUUCACUUUUUGUCCUGAAUAUGAAGUGUUAUGUUUGGGGCAAAUCCAAUACAACAUAUUACUGAGUACCACUCUCCAUAUUUGCAAGCAUAGUGGUGGCUGCAUCAUGUUAUGGGUAUGCUUGUAAUCAUUAAGGACUGGGGAGUUUUUCAGGAGAAAAUAUAAUCUACGGAAUGGAGCUAAAUCAAAUUUUAUUUGUCACAUUCGCCGAAUACAACAGGUGUAGUAGACCUUACUGUGAAAUGCUUACUUACAAGCCCUUAACUCUUAUUUUUCUUAACUGCAUUGUUGGUUAAGAAAAUAUUGACUAAAUAAACAAAAGUAAAAAAAAAAACGUAAAAUAAAUAUAUAUAUAUAUAUACGCGCGCACACACACACACACACACAGUUGAAGUCGGAUGUUUACAUACACUUAGGUUGGAGUCAUUAACUGGUUUUUCAACCACUCCACAAAUGUCUUGUUAACAAACUAUAGUUUUGGCAAGUCGGUUAGGACAUCUACUUUGUGCAUGACACAAGUAAUUUUUCCAACAAUUGUUUACAGACAGAUUAUUUCACUUAUAAUUCACUGUAUCACAAUUCCAGUGGGUCAGAAGUUUACAUACACUAAGUUGACUGUGCCUUUAAACAGCUUGGAAAAUUCCAGAAAAUGAUGUCAUGGCUUUAGAAGCUUCUGGUUGACAUAAUUUUUGUCAAUUGGAGGUGUACCUGUGGAUGUAUUUCAAAGCCUACCUUCAAACUCAGUGCCUCUUUGCUUCACAUCAUGGGAAAAUCAAAAGAAAUCAGCCAAGACCUCAGAAAAUAAAUUGUAGACCUCCACAAGUCUGGUUCAUCCUUGGGAGCAAUUUCCAAACACCUGAAGGUACCACGUUCAUCUGUACAAAAAAUAGUACGCAAGUAUAAACACCAUGGGACCACGCAGCCGUCAUACCGCUCAGGAAAGAGACGCGUUCUGUCUCCUAGAGAUGAACGUACUUUGGUGCGAAAAGUGCAAAUAAAUCCCAGAACAACAGCAAAGGACCUUGUGAAGAUGCUGGAGGGAACAGGUACAAAAGUAUCUAUAUCCACAUUAAAACGAGUUCUAUAUUGACAUAACCUGAAAGGCCGCUCAGCAAGGAAGAAGCCACUGCUCCAAAACCGCCAUAAAAAAAGCCAGACUACGGUUUGCAACUGCACAUGGGGACAAAGAUCGUACUUUUUGGAGAAAUGUCCUCUGGUCUGAUGAAACAAAAAUAGAACUGUUUGUCCAUAAUGACCAUUGUUAUGUUUGGAGGAAAAGGGGGGGACUUGCAAGCCGAAGAACACCAUCAUGAGGAAGGAAAAUGUGGUGGAUAUAUUGAAGCAACAUCUCAAGACAUCAGUCAGGAAGUUAAAGCUUGGUUUCAAAUGGGUCUUCCAAAUGGACAAUGGACCCCAGCCUACUUCCAAAGUUGUGGCAAAAUGGCUUAAGGACAACAAAGUCAAGGUAUUGGAGUGGCCAUCACAAAGCCCUGACCUCAAUCCUAUAGAAAAUGUGUGGGCAGAACUGAAAAAGCGUGUGCGAGCAAGGAGGCCUACAAACCUGACUCAGUUACACCAGCUCUGUCAGGAGGAAUGGGCCUAAAUUCACCCAAGUUAUUGUGGGAAGCUUCUGGAAGGCUACCCGAAACGUUUGACCCAAGUUAAACAAUUUAAAGGCAAUGCUACCAAAUACUAAUUGAGUGUAUGUAAACUUCUGACCCACUGGGAAUGUGAUGAAAAAUAAAAGCUGAAAUGAAUAAUUCUCUCAACUAUUAUUCUGACAUUAAACAUUCUUAAAAUAGUGGUGAUCCUAACUGACCUAAGACAGGGUAUUUUUACUAGGAUUAAAUGUCAGCAAUUGUGAAAUUUUAGUUUAAAUGUAUUUGGCUAAGGUGUAUGUAAACUUACGACUUCAACUGUGUGGUGUGUGUAUGUAUGUAUAUGUUUUUCAUCACAUUCCCAGUGGGAAUAAACAACGAGGCUAUAUACAGGGGGUACCGACAACAGGCAAAAUCCUAGAGGAAAACCUGGUUCAGUCUGCUUUCCACCAGACAUUGGGAGGUGAAUUCACCUUUCAGCAGGACAAUAACCUAAAACACAAGGCCAAAUCUACACUGGAGUUGCUUACUAAGAAGACGGUGAAUGUUCCUGAGGUGUUGAGUUACAGUUUUGACUUAAAUCUACUUGAAAAUCUAUGGCCAGACCUGAAAAAUGGUUGUAUAGCAAUUGUCAACAACCAAUUUCACAGAGCUGGAAUAAUUUUGAAAAGAAUAAUGGGCAAAUAUUGUAAAAUCCAGGUGUGGAAAGCUCUUAGAGACUUAACCAGAAAGACUCACAGCUGUAAGCGCUGCCGAAGGUGCCUUUACAAAGUAUUGACUCAGGGGUGUGAAUACUUGUUUCAAUUAGAUAUUUCUAUUUGCAAAAAUUCUAAAAGCACAUUUUCACUUUGUCAUUAUGGGGUAUCGUGUGUAGAUAGGUGAGAAAAAAAUAAAUAAUAUACAUUUUAUAUGCAUGCUGUAACAACAUUAUGGAAUAGGUCAAGGAGUAUGAAUACAUUCUGAAGGCACUGUACAUGAAGGCAGGGUAAAGUGGCUAGGUAUCAGAACGUAUCAAAGCAGAGAUCAUAUGUAAAGCUGGAAACAUGCAGCCAAUUAAGUCUCUCUAUGCCUGUUAAAUAGAAGCAGCAUCCCCUAAAAUCUACAACCCUCUCGCCCUGAUAUCUCCUAUAGAGAACUUCCGCUGCUUGUGCACACAUGAGAAGGGCUUUGGCUUCAAAGGCAGCAGUUUCCACCGCGUCAUCCCACAGUUCAUGUGUCAGGGAGGAGACUUCACCAACCACAAUGGCACUGGGGGCAAGUCCAUCUACGGGCGCAAGUUUGACGAUGAGAACUUUGUCCUCAAACACACUGCUGCAGGUGAGACACGUGCCUGUCCAGGUCUAAAUAGCAGUUUGUCUGUGAAUGAAUGUGUAGAGUGGUGAGAAAGUGCACGAGGCAUUGCCAUAUGCGGAUUUGAUUGAGUAUGGUUUCUGAUCACACAAGGAUGGCUUCCUAAUGCUCCCCUCUCUUGUGUGUCAGGUCAGCUCUCCAUGGCUAACUCUGGAGCAAACAGCAACGGCUCUCAGUUCUUCAUCACCUGUGACAAAACGGAUUGGCUGGAUAACAAACAUGUGGUGUUUGGAGAGUUGAUGGAGGGCAUGGAGGUGGUCAAAGCCAUGGAGGUAAGCGGAGGGGAGGGACAUGCAUGGAGGUGGUGAAGGGGAAGAAUGAUCCUAUAGGGGGUUACAGACUGUGAAGAAGUUGUGUACCAAGACUCAUGUCAUGUUAACUCUGUCCCCACAGGCACAAGGAACAAAAGAAGGCAAGCCCAAGCAAAAAGUGAUCAUUUCAGACUGUGGAGAGUAUGUUUGAAUUGAAGCAUAGGAGAGUGACUGUUGUGUGUGACUGUGAAUGUGUGAGAAAGAUGAGCAGUGUCAGACUGCAGAAUUGUAAAAAGUGCUCAUUUUGUAUAAUGUACUGCAGAUGCCCAUGACUCAUCUGCUGUACAUGGAUUGUUCCUGUUGGUCCCACCCGCUCUGUGAUGUAAAUAUGACAAACACUUUUAUAAUGAACACAAACAGCUGCUGUGUCAAUUUCAUAUUUUCCGGAUUUAAAAUUAAACGUUUUUGUUGUUGGGUACAGUAUUGUGAAAUAAUUACGUCUUCUCACUAUAAAAUUUACCUGUUUUUAGAUUUGAAUGUUUUUUCUUAAAAACGUUCAAAAAUGUUUUGGUCGUUGUGUAUUAUUUCCCCCGCUAUUUUUUAUAAAAUGUCUGAAAUAAAAGCCUAUGAUCCGCAGCUCCAGUCUGAAUUAUACUGAACAAAAAUAAACGCAAC